AUGCCAGCUCCUGCUGAGUUGGAAAGUUUAGAGCCGCAGACCACGGUGAAGAUUGGUCGUGCGGCGACAAAUGAAGCAGACUCCAGUCUCGCUUCCCUGGUCUCCAACAUGCGACUCACUGGCGCGGCGCUUUACGAGCCGCCGGCAGGUAUUCCGGAGCGCCAUUUGCAGCUGCACCCAAAGACGCACUUCCUGCUGCAUGGAGGCUACCUUGAUCAGGUGAGCUCCAGACCGCUCCUCAUCUCAGGACAUGGCUUGAUGGAGGGUAUCGUGAAUCGCGGAUACCCCACCAGAAAGCUCAAGCAUCCUGCUAUGCGGGAGCUGCAGCUCAAUCUCUUUCCCGAGCAGGACCGCGCCCUGCCGGGUGGAAUACCUGGCAAGUGGGGCCCACAAGCCGGCAGGAGGGCAGGAUUCUGCGCCCGAACGAUCUUGACGAUCAUCAAGGAUGCCGGCACCAUUGCCGCGUCCAUCGAAGCCGACCUGAAGGUUUGCCAGGACAAGAAGCUUGUCGGCAUGGAGUGUGCAGUGGAUGCCACGCGCGUGGUCCGCUCAGCUGGCAAUGCGGCAAAGUACAUGGCGGAGCUCCCGGUUCGCGGCUGCCGUCAACGAUGGUUCCGCGGCUACUUCUACUGCGGGGGUCGCAUGGAGGGUGUGGCAUGGGAGUUGGACGUUCUUGGAACGGAGCUGGGUUCCACUGUGGAGUCGUGUCACAAUCUGGACCUGGACUAUCGCCACAUCAUACGGAUGAAUGCUACAAAGAAGGGCAUCAAUUGGGGUAGGUGUGCUGGAGAAGUGGCCUCCUCGGCUGCCUACGCUUCCACUGCCGGCCUCUAUGUGGCGAGUGCUGGGGGCUUUGAUUGCCCAGCUGCCGUGACGCCCAAGCAGAAGAAGGAAGCUUUCAAGGUCUCCAAGAAUCCCUGGCAGUACAAACGGCUCACCAAAAAGCUUACCCCUGCCGACGCGUUCAGGACCGACUGCGCCAUAGAGUCGCUAGCCUUUACCAGGAUGAUGUUUCUCUCCGGUGCGAAGGCCACUGAAGCUGGGCAACACUGCUCCGGACCAUCGAAAACAGUUUGUCCCAGGAAUAUCUUCCUCUCCUUGGCAGCCUUUGCCGGCGUUGGGGAGAUUGGCGGCGUCCUCCACAAAAGGUGCCUUCCACGUACGAGCUGCUGUAGAUACAUCAAGUCCGACUACGUCUGCAGCUGCGGCGCUGUGGAGCGCCAGAAAGCUUGGAACACGAACCGGCUUCGUGUGGGAAAGUGCGCAAGGUUUGCAGGUUCAACGGCCAAGCUGAUUGGAUCUGCUGUAACGUUUGCUGCGGAGGCUUUUGAUGCAUGUGGGGACGACAAGAGCCUUCCCGCGGUGUGCUCGUCCAUGGUCACCUUCGCGAUUGCUUCCUUGGGAUAUUUCGCGGAGAACGCCGCCAGAAGCCACUACGAAUGUCCCUACUAUAUGGGCCAGAACCUGUACCAGUGUGGCCAAGAUCAAUCCAGACUGGCGUCUGCAGUGCAGUUGUUCGCCUCUUCCACAGCAGCCGCCGUUAUCAAUUGCGGAGCACUGGGUGGAACGGCAACUCCUGCCAUGCGUUUGGUUGGCAUGGUAAAUCCACCACGCCGGUUCUUUACGGUGUGA